UUCGCCUUACCUUGCCAUAUCAAUGUCUUGAUUGUUCUUAAUAUCACAAUGUCCCAUACCCGUAAUAGUGUAGUGUCUCUAAGUCUUAUACCAAGUCUUAUGAGCAGAUACAACAUGAAGUAGCUUUGUGGAGGAGAAGCAAAGGGGUGAGGGUUAAGACUUAGUAAGUCUGGGGUAGCCGGGUAGGUGUAGGAGACUAGGAGUGCAGUAAAGGCUAACGCAACAUAGUUAGUUACGGAAUAACCAUGCCGAAAGCAGAGAUAUUGAACUCGUGACCCUUUGUUAGUUGUUCCCUUUGGACCCCAUACUCUAUGCUUCUUAUCCACUAGUUCGAUUGUAGAUCACGAAAGCUCUCCGAUGAUGCUUGAAGAAACCACAAAUUUUCAUUUUCAAUGGGAAGGAAAAACACGGGUUCUAGAAAAAGAUUGAUCAUAAGAAAUUACUCCAAACUUUAUUGUUGAACUCCAAAGAAUAUGUUGAGGUUUUGUUGCUAGCUGGUUUACUGUUUACCAUCCUUUCUGACUAGUACAUGUGUCUGUCUCUGCUCUCAAGAAAUCUGAAAUGAGUUUUGGAGGUCGUGUCUGUAUUUGUUGAGGACAAAGAAUUGUUUGGGUCUUAAUUUCUUACUCUUUAAGCACAUUGAUCAAGUGUUUGUAUUUUUUUACCAACCUAUUCUUUGUCUGGGUGUUAUUUGGUCCAUUUGGCCUUUGUGCCAUUUGAUAUUGGACUUGCCUAUGCCAAUUUUGGUGGCUCUGAGUGAGAUAUAAUCAUAUGAUUCUAGUGGCGUAGUGUAUCCUCCGUUGAGGAGUAUCUAUUGUGUAAGCCUUUAUGCUGUCUUGAACUUCACGGUUAUCUAUUAGCCCCCACGAUCUUUCUCACAGAGUAUAAGUUGGUGAGGAAAAACUCUACAAAGUAGAAACCCCUAACAUAAGUCAUUAUUUGGUAAAAGGAUGUAAAGAAUGCAUAUGGUUUCCCUUUAUCGUUGAGCUUUUCAUUUGGUUCAAUACCAGGUUCAAGUUUCCUUUGAAUGGGUUUCCAUGCUUUGUUACCAUGCGCACACUGGCCUGCUAAACAAGGUAUUGGGGUUGAAAAGAUGAUCUGCAAUCCCAACCCGCCUUUGUGGGGCUGAGGCCCUUAGGAUCUGUUAAAAUGAUUGUGGAAUUCAAGCACAGAAAAGAGGGUUGGGAUAUUUAGAGGCGGGUACAUUAUCUAGAAUGGAAGAACUUGAGAAUUAACGAAGAAGCAAUAAAGUUAGGGAGCAGGAGGGAGCAUUUUACAAAGCCAUUUGAAUUCACAUCUGAGCAGAUAUGCACAUUCACUGACAUGUUUGACAAAAGAAACUUAAUUGGACCAACUCAAUUUGGUGAGGUUUAUCGAGGAAAGAUCUGUGAAGGCAUGUCUGGAAGCAAGGCAAAAAAUGUGAUUGUGAAGAGAUGGGAUGAAAAAUCAGAUCCUCUUGUUGGAAAGGAUGAGUAUCUCAUGGUUAAGGAAGAGGUAAUGUUCCUGACAGAUGCCAGUGUGGUUGAUCACCCAAACUUGGUAAAUGUGAUUGGUUACUGUUGUGAUGAACAAGUAAGGGGUGUUGUGUAUGAUCUUGAUCCAGUGGACACGUUGCAUAACAUGAUGUUGAAAGACGAUUUCACUUGGCUACGGAGAAUUAAAGUUGCCCUUGGUUUUUUACGCCUCCUUGAGUUUCUACAUGGUCAUGAUAAGCCUUACCUGGUUUUUAAUAUUGACGCUUGUCAUAUAAUGCUUGAUCAGGAAUUCAACCCUAUACUAUUUGACUUUGGACUGAUGAGUGGAGGCAUUAUUGGUGAACUAAGUUAUCCAAAAAAGUUUAUAUACAUGUCUCUAGGCUAUGUCGAUCCAUUUUUUGUUGAUACAGGUAUGCGGCACGACCUAUCCUGUGAUGUAUUUUCAUAUGGUGUUAUCCUGAUCGAAUUGAUAGCCAAAAUAGCUAUUGAUCUGGAAAAGUCGGUGAAACUAAUGGAUCUGCCAGAUGAGCGGGCAAAACUUGUAUACAAGCCUGGUUUUUCCCUUGUCCAGGAAAGUUUGGAGAAAGACCCGGGUUAUGACGCUACUGAUGGUCCCAUGAUCUCAAAUCUGGCGAUGCGUUGUGUGGAAUAUUUUCCGGAGAAUCGCCCAACUAUGAAGGAAGUUGUAGAGCAGCUAGAGGGUUUGCGAGUUGUUAAACUUCAUGGUGAUGGAUUAGGCCCGUCGAACUGAGUUUCGGCUGUCUACUACUCAGAUACCAUGGCAACAAUUUAGACACAUGAUUUUGCUAACCGAACGAAUACGGAUUUUAGGAGCUUCCAUUCAUUUACUUUUGGUGGUUGUGUAUAUGCAUAUUUCCGUUGAUUGCUUGAUAUAUGGUUCUACUAUGAAGCUUAUUGUGGGUGACAUGCACAAAAUUUGUAGUAACUCUAAUUCUGCAUUAUCAAGUUGACGGUUUAGACUUGA